AUGCAUACCACUGGUUCUUGGGUUGGCUCUUCGCAGAUCUUGGCUUUAUUCGUUGGGUUCCAGUAUGCAGUGAGUCCUAUUCAUUCAAGCCUUGAAUUUCAAGGUACCUCGAAUGGCUUCGUUCGUCAAGAUAAGGUCACCAAACGCUUUGAGGGCGAGUUUGGGGGUCGUUUCGCAAGACUUGGCAAGGAGCUGGCGGAGUGCUUGAACUGCGGCGCGAAGCUCGUUAUAGCGAAGUCGAGCUAUAAAGCACUGCGAGAUCAUUCUUGCCGUGCUAAGCCAUCUGAAAUAGCCGGCGACAAAUCCGCCAACAAGCUCGAAGAGACGGCUAGGAAAGCAUUCAACGAAAAAACAACCGAACUCAUCAUCAACAUGGUUGUUACGGACAACAUGCCGAUUUCUCUCGUUGAGAAGUCUGGUUUUCAAGCCUUGGUGUACCAUCUAACAUGCCGAAACAAGCCUCAGUACGUUAUACCCUCUCGUCGGCAAAUAUCCCG